CCGCAGCCAAAUCGAGAUCUCUCUCUCUCUCUCUCGGUCCCUCCCGUCCGCCUCCCACCCCCGCCCCACGCCGGCCGGCCGGUCGCCGCCGCGAGCCCAUGGCCUCGGCGCUCUCCUCCCUGCGCUACGGCGACAGCCUCUCGGUGGUGGCCAUCUCGGGCGCCACGGCCGUGCUCUGCGAGGCCAUCUCCUGGCUGCUCAUCUACCGCACCACCACCUACAACUCCCUGCGCGCCUCCAUUGAGCGCCACUCCCGCAAGCUCGACUCCAUGAAGUCCACCGCCUCCGGCCCCACCUCCUCCUCCUCCUCCUCCUCCCACUCCCAGGCCGCCUCCUCCAGGGCCAAGAAGAUGGACCGCGUCGAGACCAGCCUCAAGGACGCCUCGCGCGAGCUCUCCUUCGCCAAGCUCAAGUCCGGCGCCGUCGUCGCCGCCGUCCUCUUCGUCGUCUUCGGCCUGCUCAACUCCCUCUUCGAGGGCCGCGCCGUCGCCAAGCUGCCCUUCGCGCCCGUGCCGCUCGUGCAGCGCAUGAGCCACCGCGGACUGCCCGGGAACGACCCCACCGACUGCGCCAUGGUAUUCCUCUACUUCCUCUGCUCCAUGAGCAUCCGGACCAACCUCCAGAAGCUGCUCGGCUUCACGCCGCCGCGCGCGGCCGCCGGGGCCGGCCCGGGGCUCUUCGGCAUGCCCGACCCCAAAGUCAAUUGAGUUUGGUCUUAUACGUACAUGUGAUGGCUCUCAAUCUCGACGAGAAGUUGCUGUCCGAAAGAGUUAUCCUGAAGGACAGAAAAAUAGCUUCGAUGGCUCAAGGGUGAAAUGUUACUACGAGAUACUGUAAUGAUACGCAUAGUCAUUUUCCCGCAUCUCCAGCCUGUUGCUGCACCCAUGGUAUUAGCGGACAGUGGACAUACUUAUCUUGUUCUGUAGGCUAUAUCGGGGAACAUUCUCGUGCAGUCAGCUUUGGAACUCUCGUAGAGUUGUAUUCUAUCGUCUCAUUCAUUUUAUUUUAUAUCACACGCUCUAUUGUGUUGCAAAUGGCAGAGUUCUUAUCUUGA